AUGAAUUUAGACAAUGCAUUUUCGUCAAACGGUAUAUUUCAAUUAAUUUCUAAUAACAUUAUACUUAAUUCGGUUUUUUUUACAAUUUUAUUAGCUGAUGUAAUCCACGGAGAAACUUCAUCGAAACACGAAGCAUUAGAAAUUAUCGCACAACCAUGUCCAAAAUCCAAAUUACGAUAUCGAUCCGAUUAUAAUAGUAAUGAAAAACGUCGAGGAGUUCUUCAAAGUCAAAACAAUCCAAAUUAUAGAAGUCCUGCUAUUCGUAUUCCAAAAACAUAUCUGGAUGUGACAGAACAUUAUGUUAUUCGUAUCUGUCUUGUAACAGUUGAAUAUGAAAAAACUAAACUUCGUUACAUACAUCCGUACGAUCUUGAAGAUAUUGAAAAUGAUACAUAUAAUGACCGACCUAAUAAAGCUAUUUGGUAUCCUAUUCAAGGAAAUGAUAUUGAUGGCAUAAAAAGUUUUCCAAAUUUACGUAUUGUGAAGAAAAAGGCCGAUGAUUUGAAAAAACAUGGAGAUUUUCGUGUAUUUGAUUCUCAUAUAGCCGGAGAUUGUACACCACAAUUAACUUGUAUGAGAGAUACAAUUAAAGAAUUUAAUCUUGACAAAGCUCAAUUAGCUUUUACAGUUGGAAAGAAAGUCAUUGACACCACUAAUACUACAAUAGUAUAUGCUCUUACAACUAUUUUCUCAAAUGAAAUUAUUGAUACUACAAGUAAAGAAUUAGAUUUCGAUAAUACACCUACUGAAUCGAAAACUUUACGAUCUCAUCCACCAAAAUUAUCUGAGUGUUUUAUGUACAAAUAUGCACCGCGUCAAGGUCAUCGAAAUAGUAAGGAUGAAGUACUUAUUUUCUAUACGAAUGGAUUACAACUAAAGACAUAUGGAGAGUUAGAAGUAAUAUUCGAAUGUGAAAUAUUUGAUGGUAAAUGGUGGUCGCAACCUGUUCUAGAUCUCGAAGUUAAAAAUCAAAUGGUCUCAUUUCGAACACCGAUAUUUCCAUAUACUAUUAAUGACAUCACACCAGUUAAUAUUAUAUUACGACAAAAAAAGAGAACUUUAGAACAACUGAUAUUUAACUAUAUUCCAUCAUCUCAAUGUCCGAACUGUUCACAACGCACUAUGGAACAAAUGAAUCUAUGUGAAGAAACUAGUUUAAAUAAACGUCGUAGAUGUGAUGUGAAUAUUAAUGAUGAAACAACAGAUGAUAUGACAUUGAUUUUUGAUAAUAAUUCUGUGAUUCACCAGUCAAAUUUAGAACCAGCAUUAUCACCUUUUUCCAUGACAGAAAAUCUAGGUGAGCAGGGUUUUUUACUAUAA